UUGGUUUCCCGUACAGCCGCAGCGUGCGAAACAUCAACAUUCCACCCUGGAAGAAAAGGAAAGGAAGAAAAAGGCAGCUGCACUGUCACCAUGCUUUUUUCUCAGCUGCCCGAGGAUAUCCUUUAUCAUAUCUUAUCUUUCUUGGAUGUCAAGUCUCUCAGUCGCCUAAGCCAAGUUUGUAAACUUAUGAAUCGCUUUGUAAAUCAGGAUGCUGUCUGGAGGAAAAUUGCAAGAGAAUUUUUAAACACUGGAAUAAUUUGGAACGGGACAGACAUAUAUCCUCAUAUACCACUGAAAGAGAGAGUGAAGAUGGCUCAAAACUGGUACUAUGGGGUGUGCAAAAGGUCAACUCCUCUCAAAUGGAAAAUCAAACUGUUGCCUUGGUUGCAGCUGGAUGGAGACAUACUAUUUUUGUCCCAGGCUUCUAAUGUUGGAGCAUAUCAUCUUCACCAUGAAUCCAAGAGGUUCCAGAGAAGACCGUUUGAGAUCUACUCUGGCCACAAGGGUGAUGUGUGUCGCUUUGUUGUAACAGCCUCUCACCUUAUCAGCGGAGGAAGCGAUGGCAAGAUUAUGGUCCAUAACAGAAGAAGGAAUUUGCCAUUCAGAUUGUCCGGUCAUUGCCAGGAGGUGAACUGCCUGGACUCUAAAGACAGAAUCAUCAUUAGUGGAUCAAGGGACCGAACUGCCAGAAUUUGGACUUUGACUUCAAGCUCUCCAAUGGCUACAAUUCCCAUGUUUGACAGAGUAUGGUCUGUUGCCAUUAAUCCCACACUAAGGUAA